AUGAUGAGAACAAUAAAACGAACUGGCAUGGUCACAAUUAACCGGAAUUGUCUGUCUCAAAUACAACAUACGGCAUUGCUGUCCACGCCUAAAGGGCACGUAUGGACCCAUUCACGGAGUUUGAAUUUCAUAAUGGAAAAAUGUCGGAAAACAAGUGGGAUCACUUUGAAUGACCGUCGCCGUGAGACCGGGAAACACACAUUCUUUGAAGUAAAUACGACGAUGUGGCCUCUUUUUGUAAAACAAUUUCUAAAACAUGGAGAAUACAGUUUAGCUCCAGCCAUCAGGAUAAUAUUAUCAAAAAUAUUACCCACAAGAGUGAAUUUUUCUGACCCGAAAUGGUCUAAAUACAAAAACACACAAACGGAAUUAUGUCGUUUUUUGAGGAAUUUGAAUCCAGAAUGUGAUUCAAUCGAUUGGAAAGGCGAUUUUUUCAAAACGUUGUCAUCUUUGAUAUUUGAUUAUAUGGUUCAAGUACUUUGUAGUGGUCAGAUAUCAAAAAAACGAAAAAUGACACAAAUGAUCCUAAAAAAGAUUAAUGAUAUUACCGACGAAUACGUGUUACUAAACUCACCAGGUAAUUUUCUACAAGGAGUUCAAAUAUUUGUAGCAAAUAUGCUAUCUCUGUGGCUAGAAAAACCCAUAAAUAAUAUCUGCAGUAAAGGUAAUAAUAAUAAAGGCUUAAAAAACAGAAACAUAAUGAAUGACAUUGCGAAACAAAGAAAUGGUAUUAAAACAAAACAUUCAAAAAACAAUGAAGUAGGUCAAAAUAAAACAAAUAUACUUAAAUUAAAAACCGCAAUAGAAGUUAAAACUAACCAAAAAUCAAAAAAAGGUAAAUUUACAAAACCCAUCGUUAAAGACAACUUGUCUUCACAAAACUCAAAAAAAGCUACAAACAAAAUAAAAACAAACAGAAAAUCAAAAAAAGGAUUAAAAUCAGAGUCAAUAAUUGGUGCAGUAAAUGAUUUACAGAAAAUUAUUGAACAAAAUGAAAUAUUAUCAAAUGUUGUACUCGUAAAUCGUUCAGUCAGUAAAACUACAAUCAAGAAGAAAAUAAAAAAUAAGUUGAAUAACUUUGGUAAAAAAAACCAAAAACCCCAAAAAAAUAAAAUUUCAAAAACUAUUGUAAAAGGUAAAUUGUCUCAGCAAAACUUAAAUAAAGCUACAAAAAAAAUAAAUACAAACAAAAAAUCUAAAAAAGGUUUGAAAUCAAAGUCAAUAAUUAGUGCAAUAAAUGGAUCAAAGAAAUUUAUUAAAAAAAAUGAAAUGUUAUCAAAUUCUGUUCUCGUUAAGCCUGCAGACGAUAAAAAUGUUAGUGAGACGAAUAUAAUAAAUGAAAAAAACUCGAACAUUCCCGACGAUGAAUGUCAUAAUAACACAAAUGGUCGUGAUAAGAACAUAAACGGGAAAAAUAGUAACUAUAGACCAGUGAUAGACAAUGAAAAAUUAUCGGAUUUGACAAAACAACUACAUAAUGAAAAUACAUUCGAAGCAAACAACAACGGCAAUGAUAAAAAUGAUUUUAUUAAUAACGAUGCUCUUGAUUUUGGAUCUCUUAGACCAGCUACGGAUGCGGAAAACAUUCACUCGAUGACCGCCAUGAAUCAUGGUGGAAGAAAUGACGAUGGUCAUAGAAUUACAUCAAUGGAUGAUCGUUCCAAGUCGCAUUAUGACGGUGGUAGCAAACUAUUAUUAGAACACGGUUCUACGCCAGCGAUGUCAAAUGGAAUAUCAAAUAGCUAUAAUAAUAAUAAUGUAAAUGAAGAAGGCAGAAUUCUGAAUGUAACGGAUAUUAGUGGACAUACCUUGAGGGUGACUGAAUAUUUAUUAGAAGAAAAAUAUGAUACUAUCUUAUUGAAAGACGAAGAAUUAUUAAAAUAUAAUGACAACAAUUCACACGAUAUUGAUGAUGCAGGUUACAGUGAUUUGAAUACAGAUUGUGAUAAUGGCUUUGAUGAUGAUAACGGACAUCAUAUUAUAAUUAUGAACGAGGAUGGAAAAGAAUUUGAGUCUCGCGUUUUGGAUGAUCUCGUAAACAUAUUUUUGAAUAGUUCACCGGAUGGCUGGAGUAAUGAACACGAUAAUGCUACCAAAGUUAUAGAAUCAAGAAGAGAUGAAUCUAAACAAAAUUAUUUUCAGAGAUGUGCUGAUGGUUAUACGCAAAAAUUAGCGAAUAAUUUUAGAAAUAAAAAGUCAAAAAAUCUGGAAGUUUGUGAUCAAAGUAAAGGAGUUACCUAUAACAUCUGUAAAAAAGAUGGCAGCAAUUACAGUGUUCGCAAGACAAUAUUGCCACUGCGCAGAAAUCAAGAUCAUCGAUGUAUAAUGUGCUCAUUAGAUAAAUCAAAAUUAUUAGUUAAUACAUUAAUUAAAGAACAAAUAUUUUGUGAUAUUCCAUUCAAUGGAGAAAGUUCAAAACUCAUCGAAAAUGAUCAGUCAAUAAAAAGUCGUAGUGUUCUAGCUAAGAGAAGUGGAUUUUCUCCAAAAACAAUACCCUGGAAAAAGUUAUAUGGUAGACUUCCACUUCAUGAAAAUAGUGAAACGCAUCGUACUUGUUAUUGUAAAUGGAAAAAUGUACAACUGUCUUUGUUUGGUUUUGGAGUAGAUAGUCAAUUACAAAAAACAAUUCUUAGUGAAGCAGAAAAAUGGAAGGCUAUUCUAAAAAGACUCCUUGAUGUAACUUUGUUUCUCGCUUCUAGAGGAUUGCCUUUUCAGGGUAGCAGUACCAAAAUCGGUGAAGUAAACAAUGGUAACUUUCUUGGAAUAUUAGAAUUUUUUGGGCGGUAUGAUGAGGUAACUAGAGACCAUUUAGCAACUGUUGAAAAAUAUCAAAAUAAAGGCGAGAGUAUGAAAGGAAAGACCCACUAUUUGUCUUGGAUGAGUCAAAAUGAAUUUAUUUCUCUUUGUGGUGAAAGUAUUGCUUCAGAAUUACUAAAAGCGUUAGAACGUCACAAAAUCCCAUUGGCAGAUUGUCGAGCCCAAGCAUAUGACAAAGGGGCUAAUAUGAGUGGAAAAAUUAAGAGUGUACAAGCACGUAUUUUGGAAAAAAAUCAUCUUGCUCUUUAUUCGCCAUGCAGCGCUCAUUCCCUUAAUCUCGUUGGUGUAAAUGCAGUAAAAAUUAAUUCUAGAGUGAAAACGUUUUUUGGAUGUGUACAAACUUUAUAUGUAACUUUUAGUAGCAGUCCAGCAAAAUGGAGUAUUUUAAACGAAGAGGUCAAUAUAUCACUAGAAUCUCAAUCUGAGACACGAUGGAGCUCACGUGUUUCAGCCAUACGUCUUAUUGUUCAUCAUCUUCCUGAUAAAGAAAAAAGAACUAAGAAAAGAAAAGUUUUUCAUGACGAAGUUUCUUCAAAAACGGAUAUUCAACCUAGUACAGAAAGUAUAGCACAUGAUUCUUUUAGAAGAGAUGUCAUUUUUGCUAGUAUAGAUUUUAUUAUUACUGAUUUAACGCAUCGUUUUGAAGCUCAUAAAAAAAUGUGUGAUCUAUUUUCUCCUAUUUUAUGCUACAUGAAGUUAUCUUCUACAGAACUUGAAAUAAAGUUGAAAGAAAUCAUAAAAAUAUAUUCUGAUGAUUUAUCGCCAAAUAUUUUGAAUGAAUUACUACAUUUAAGGAAAAUUCAUAAAUCUGUUUUUCUAACAGAAAUUGAAAUACCUCCAUUGAAAAUUUUUUGUACGCUACCAGUAACAGUCUCUGAAGCAGAGAGAGCAUUUAGUAAGUUAGGAAAUCAGCUUAAAACAUGGCAGAGAGCUUCAAUCGGUCAAGAACGUCUCAAUGCUCUUGGUAUUUUAUCUAUUGAACACAAGUUGGCAUCAAGUUAUUUCAAAGAUGAAAUGGGAGGAAAGUUUUUAAAAGAAUUCGUUACAUUAAGACCGAAAUUAUACGCUAACAGAACUGUAGACGACAUUGAGGUAAAAAAAGCUAAAGUACAACCCACUUCACCUCAUAGUCGUGUACCACAUGUUGAUGAUAAACACGUAGAAAUAUGA